GGGGGCUCCGGGGAGACCAUGCCCGGAGGCCGGCCGGCCGCAGCAUGGCUCACGGGCCCGGAGCGCUGAUGCUGAAGUGCGUGGUGGUCGGCGAUGGGGCGGUGGGCAAGACGUGCCUACUUAUGAGCUAUGCCAACGACGCCUUCCCGGAGGAGUACGUGCCCACUGUCUUCGACCACUACGCAGUCAGCGUCACCGUGGGGGGCAAGCAGUACCUUCUGGGACUCUAUGACACGGCCGGACAGGAAGACUAUGAUCGUCUGAGACCUUUAUCUUAUCCUAUGACUGAUGUCUUCCUUAUAUGCUUCUCUGUGGUAAAUCCAGCCUCAUUCCAAAAUGUGAAAGAGGAGUGGGUACCAGAACUUAAGGAAUAUGCACCAAAUGUACCCUUUUUAUUGAUAGGAACUCAGAUUGAUCUCCGAGAUGACCCCAAAACUUUAGCAAGACUGAAUGAUAUGAAAGAAAAGCCUAUAUGUGUGGAACAAGGACAGAAACUAGCAAAAGAGAUAGGAGCAUGCUGCUAUGUGGAAUGUUCAGCUUUAACCCAGAAAGGAUUGAAGACUGUUUUUGAUGAGGCUAUCAUAGCCAUUUUAACUCCAAAGAAACACACAGUAAAAAAAAGAAUAGGAUCAAGAUGUAUAAACUGUUGUUUGAUUACGUGAGAAAUGUCUUCAGUGGACAAGGAAACUGUCUUUUUCUUUUAGAAAGCAUAUGAAUUGCUACAGCUAUAUGCAGACCUCUUAUAAUGCAGCAGUUUCAAACUUGAAAACAAACAAAAACUGCCCUCAGAAUUCUAUAGCGUUCAUUUAAGAAUGCUUCUUAAAGGUCCAGGAAGCAGUAAACAGCAUCUGAAGCCACAAUCUAUUAUAAAUACUUUAUUUCAAUAGAAGGUACAAUCUCUCAGGGGUUUCAUAGUUUAAAAAGCUACAAUCACAUCAUGUUGUAUCUACAUAAACAGUGCUGUAAAUGGAACUUCUUGGCCCUGACCAUAUACAUUUCUGCACACAGUCUUUAUGGAAUCUGCACAAAGAAAUAGCUUCUCCUUUUGCUCCAAUUAGUUGUUCUUGUAUGUAAGUUGCUUUCUAUUCCAGUAUAUCCAGAGUGGUGAGAUAGCAAGGCCAGCCACAUAGCCAAAGGUUGCUCCAAGCGUACAGGAGAUGGGCCAUACCUGAGAAGAGAAUGUAUGAGAUCAAAAAAGGACAAAUGUUUUAUUACUACUUGAGCACAAGUUAAGUGUAACCUAAAUAACCCUAUAUUAAAACAUAAUGUGCUUUCUUAAAGAAUGCCAAAAGUGUAAUAAGGUCAUAGCUGCAUUUACCAUGAACACUAAAACUGUAUACAUUUUAGUUAAUGUGCAUAAAAUUGUAACAAGGCUUCCGGCAAUUGUAGAUUUAGUUGGAUGCUCCCAAAACUGCAUGAGAUACAUGCUAAAAUUACAAAUUAAAAUUUUGGGUCAGACUUUGCUAUAACCCUGGACUCAAUUUAGCUCUCUGGACUAGUUGGUAAUUUCCCACCCCACCCCCCAAAUCCUACAUUGGCUGUGUAAAUCAGAUGAUAUGAGAAGUGUAUAUACUAACCAAACCACAAGAGACACUUUUCUUUAAAUUGUGUUAAAGAGACUAGGUCUAGAACUCAAGUAGUUGUUUCCAUAAUGAAACUGAUGUCAGUUUUCAGAUAGAAAUAUUGUAACUGUAACAGAAGUUAUAGACUGUAAGUUAAGUGAAACACUGAUUUCCAAAUAGCCCUUUCUUCAGCCAUGUAACAGUUUGCUAUAUUACAUCAAGCCAGAAGUAAAUAAUAUUGAUUUAUGUAAUCUAUGAGCAGCGCAUGUUGAUGAAAGGCUCUGCUU